CUCACCCAGUUGGCCAGUCUGUGCUGAAAGAUAUGAGUAAGGUGAGGAAGCUGAAGCAGUCAGGUGAGCCUUUUCUCCAAGAUGGUUCUUGCAUCAAUGUAGCCCCACAUCUGCACAAGUGCCGGGAAUGCCGUCUGGAGCGGUACCGCAAAUUUAAGGAGCAAGAGCAAGAUGACUCAACUGUGGCAUGUCGCUUCUUCCAUUUCCGGAGGCUUAUAUUUACCCGGAAAGGUAUUUUAAGAGUAGAGGGUUUCUUGAACCCACAACAGAGUGACCCUGAUGCCAUGAGUCUGUGGAUUCCUUCCUCCUCCCCUGCAGAGGGUAUUGAUCUGGAGACUUCAAAAUAUAUCCUUGCCAAUGUUGGAGACCAGUUUUGCCAGCUCGUUAUGUCAGAAAAGGAAGCAAUGAUGAUGGUGGAGCCACAUCAGAAAGUGGCAUGGAAGCGAGCAGUACGUGGUGUGCGGGAAAUGUGUGAUGUAUGUGAGACAACUCUAUUCAAUAUUCACUGGGUUUGUCGCAAGUGUGGAUUUGGGGUCUGUCUGGACUGUUACCGGCUGAGGAAGAAUCGUCCACGUAGUGAGACAGAGGAGAUUGGUGAUGAGGAAGUCUUCUCGUGGCUGAAAUGUGCAAAGGGUCAGUCUCAUGAACCAGAAAACCUUAUGCCAACACAGAUCAUUCCUGGUACAGCCCUUUACAAUAUUGGAGACAUGGUUCAUGCAGCACGAGGCAAAUGGGGUAUAAAAGCCAAUUGUCCGUGUAUUAAUCGACAGAAUAAAUCGGUAUUGAGACCAGCUGUCACUAAUGGAAUAUCACAGCUUCCAACUGUUAAUCCCAGUGCAUCGGUCUCUGGAAAUGAGAGCACCUUUUCCACUGGAGCAGGAGCAGCAGGAGUGGGGCAGUUAGAAAUGGACAGUGUUCCAAAAUCUGAAGCAAAUGAUAGUAGGAUAGAAGAGCCUGCAAAAACAGAGAUAUUAUCAAUCAGUAACACUGCUGAAACAAAGACCAACAGACCACUUUGCUCAGAAACAGCCCCGUCAUCAGCCUUACACUGGCUUGCAGACUUAGCAACACAAAAAGCGAAAGAAGAAACAAAAGAAUCAGGGUCGCUGAGGUCAGUGCUUAAUAAAGAAUCCCACUCACCCUUUGGAUUGGAUUCCUUCAACUCCAGUACAAAGGUUUCCCCGCUAACCCCAAAGCUGUUUAAUAGCCUGUUGUUGGGCCCAGUGACAUCUAGCAACAAAGCUGAAGGCUCCAGCCUCAGAGAUCUCCUACACACAGGGCCAGGAAAGCUUCCUCAGGUUCCAUUAGACACAGGAAUCCCCUUUCCUCCAGUUUUUUCUGCAACUUCUACGGGGGCCAAAGGUAAAGCCAGCCUGCCUAACUUCUUAGACCAUAUUAUUGCUUCUGUGGUGGAAAAUAAGAAGACAUCUGAUGCUGCAAAACGCGCUAGUAAUUUAGCUGACACGCAAAGAGAUGUGAAGGAAAUGGUAAUGGGCUUGAAUGUGCUGGAUCCGCACACUUCGCACUCUUGGCUGUGUGAUGGUAGACUCCUUUGCCUUCAUGAUCCUAGCAACAAAAACAACUGGAAGAUCUUCAGGGAGUGCUGGAAACAAGGCCAGGUGGGUGAUUACAAAUUGCUGACCCAUUAUUUCUUGAAAGUAUUCUGACAGUUUAACCUGUAC